AAAUCGAAUAUCAUUUUAAAGUAUAAUUGUAUCAACAUGCUUUGCUUUCACAUACAAUAUACAUAAUAUAGUGUUGCUAUAAUUUAAAUUUUGAAGUUAUAGUCUUAUUAUUUAUUGAUUUCUUACCUUUCUUGCCAUCUGGAAUCGUCCCUCACCGGAAAUCUACUGCGAUAUUAACCGUUAUCCGAACAACAAUUUCAAUAAAUAGCGAUCGAAAUAUCAUCAUGAGGUUACUCGCAUUCCUCACACUGUUCGGGGUGGUGGCAGUAACAUUGGUGAGCUGUGUCACCAGGUACAAGCUGGCCACCAAGGACAACCCGCAAACCAAGCAGGUUGGGGAAGUCAAUCCAGUCGGCGAGGUCAGCAAAGGCUAUGUGGAUGUGACGUUUGCGCAGCAGGAGUGUUUGAAAGGAAAUGUCGAGUCCGUACCUACCAAGCUGGUAGGUGUGGCGUACCUGAAGAGUUUGCCGCGCCAGAGUUUUAACAGUGUCACGCGGUUCAAUAAAAUGGAUGCGGUUAAGGACGACGAGAGGGGCCACCUAGUAGCUUCCACAUUCGGCGGCCCAAAUGACGACCGUUGGAACUUAGUGCCGCAACAUAUAAGCGUGAACCGUAAGAUAGCUAAUAUGAGUAGCAUAAUGGCCCGGUGGGACGAGUUCGAGAGCUAUGUGACCGAUCAGCUCAAGACAGAGGGAACUACGGUACGUUUCACUAUCGAUGUGAAUUACGAGAGCAAAGGCUGCCGACCGAUCAGUUUCGCGGUAAACGCCAAGUCCAGCGCAAUUAAGGACACGGGUUACUGUGGCGAUUUCAUCAACAACCCGUACGACCGUUUCUCGGUGGACGCACUGACAAAGACCCAAAUGAAACAAUUGAAAUGCAAGAAGCCGAGACUGCAGCGCAGACAUGCAGACUAAUGACAGUUCGGCGAUGCAGUGACAGUGCAACUACUUUAUUUUAUUUUAUUUUAAUACUGUUUAACACCGAUAAAUGUAUACGUUUAGUAAGUAAUUUCGGUACUAUGCGUGAGUUCCGAGUAUAAAAAUCAAUAUUUUUUAUUAUUCUUAUUUUUCAAUUUGAUUUCUUAAAUGUAUUUAGGUACAAUAUAUAAAAAUACUGUUCCGUCGUUUUUUGUUCGAAUAAAAUGUUUAAAAAAAAAAAAAUUAUUAUUUUAUUAUCACUGUUACUCUGAUUAUUAUAUACAUAUUAUACAAUUGUCACGAUGUUA